AAGUCGGGACAGAAAGGAUUGACAGUCGGUGGGCUGGACCGUAACCUCACUCAGUCGAACGGGUAGAGCGGACAAUUUUAGUGCCAGCGGGCACUGCACGAGCGGCUGCCCGAGGUAGUUAACAGCAUCUCCUAAAGCGUAAGCUCCGCAGCAUGCCGUGCCUAGCAGACUCGGUCCACUGCAGUGUCCCGCCUGACGGCAGCUGGAUUAAGGGAAUUGCGGAAUAUCUGAGAGUCACGUCAAACUCAUAAGAGGCGGGAUCCAGACCAAGUUUUAGGAAAGUGGCGUUUGCAUGCAUUUGGAGGCUACUGACUGACCAACUUGCAGAUUGUGCAGGCCACCCUGCCUUGCUGCAGAACUUCCCGGCCUUGCUUUCCUGACAAGGCACAAUGGAUCCAGAGACAGGGUUUUUGCACCCAGUGUUCUGUGUAGGACUGGCCAUUCUUUUCUCCUGUAUCAGGGCAGAUGUGACUCCUCACUUUACAACAGAGCCCCACUCAACUAUACAGAAACUAGGCGGACGGGUUCAGCUUCGCUGUGCUGCAGAACCUGCAUGGGCAUUCAUUACAUGGCACUUCAAUGGACAGAAAUUAACAGAUAAUGGCCAGAAUGGAAUAGAGAUCCGAUCAGGAUCAUUGAUUAUUUCCAAUCUACAGAUGUCCCACGUUGGGAGGUACCAGUGUCUGGCAAGCAGUUCUUUUGGUGUUAUAGUGAGCGUCCCUUCUUUCAUUUCCAUUGCAACAUUAAGUGAUUUCCAGGCACCCAAGAGACGAAUAGUUACAAUAGAUGAAGGAAGCACAGGUGUUAUAGAAUGUCAUUUACCCAACAGUAAACCCUCAGCACUCAUCCGCUAUAGAGUGAGGGGAAAGUGGCUUGAGCAAUCUACAGAUAACUACCUGAUCCUUCCCUCUGGAAAUUUGCAAAUACUGAAUGUCACACAGCAGGAUAAAGGAACUUAUAAGUGUGCAGCUUACAAUCCCGUUACGCAUGAGAUGAAAAUGGAGCCAGUUGGGCAUAAACUGUUGGUGAGGCGUUUUGGAACCAAUCCUGCACACAUCAUCUACCCCACAGCCCCACAGAACAUAACAGUGAUUCAGCAUCGUCCUCUGAUUCUAGAAUGCGUAGCAAGUGGAGUUCCAACCCCACAUAUUCGAUGGCUAAAAGAUGGUGUGGAGGUGUCUGGGAACAAAAGGUUGAGACUUUUUCACAGUAACUUAGUUAUUGAUCAAACUGGAGCAAAAGAUGCUGGGAGCUAUGUGUGUUUUGCUGAAAAUGGAGUGGGUGAGCCAGUAUCUACAAACUACACGGUAAUUGUUCACGAGUCUGCAACAAUCAUUAAAGGAUUGCAAGAACUGACUCUGCCUGUGGGAUCUACAGCAUUUUUAACGUGCGAUUUUCAUGGAAAUCCUCUGCCAGAUAUCACUUGGUUCCACAACGCAGCUACUCUCCAAACUGGCCUUCGGCACUUUGUCUCUGGGAACAGAAUGAAGAUUGUGAAAUUAAAUAUUGAUGAUGCUGGAAUGUAUCAAUGCAUGGUGGAAAAUGAGAUUGGUUCUAUGCAAUCAUCAGUGAGGCUCAUAGUCCAAACAGGUAAGGACAAAAAGCCUGUGAUUAUCUCCCCACCCACCAAUAUGAGAGUGACUGAAGGUGAGUUUGUUACAUUAACUUGCAAUGCCACUGGACAGCCAACACCCACUAUCCGCUGGUUUGAUCGUCACGGGGUGAUCAGCAGCCAUCCUUCUCACAUUCUUCGGUCAAAAUCCAAGAAUCCUCAACAAUUCGGUGCAGGCAGUGCCAACUCCAAUUCUCCUCGCCUCACCAUGUCCAGAGCUGGAUCAAGCUCGCUUUACAUACGCACAGCAUCAAUAGAAAGUUCUGGACAAUAUAUCUGUGAAGCCUCCAACAAAAUGGGUUCAGUACAAGCAGAAGCCUUCCUCUCAGUUGUUUCCAUUGACGCAAAGGCAGGGGUUGAUGACCCAGAGCCCACAAUGGCAGCAAGAGGUUCAGAUGUUAUUCAGAGUGAUGAAGGCGAUGAAAGCAUGGACUAUGAUUAUAAACACAGCAUUGUGCUCCAACAACAGCAGCCAACAAAGGAGUUGAUUGCUCCUAAGGCAACACCGAAGACAACUGUUGCCUCUCCACCUGAUGCUCCCAUCAUUCUCAGUGCUCCAUAUACCACUAACCCAGAUAGUUAUGAUUUGAUUUGGAGAGCAGGAAAAGAUGGUGGCUCACCUAUCAAUGCCUACUUUGUCAAGUAUCGCAAGCUUGACAACAACGAGAAUAUGUUGGGAAACUGGCACACGAUUCGGGUCCCUGGAAGUGAGAAUGAACUGCAACUCGCCGAGCUUGAAUCCUCUAGCUUGUAUGAAGUGCUUAUGGUUGCACGAAGUGCUUCUGGUGAAGGUCAACCAGCUAUGCUGACAUUUCGAACUGGCAAAGGGCGGUCCUCAAAGUCGAAGGGAAAAUCUCUGAUACCUGCACCACCAGUUGGAGUCCCCAAGAAAACAGCAAUCGAAGAUAAGAGCCACACUAAUUAUGGUGUAGUAAUCCAUGAUUCAACACGCCAUAGUGGAGUCCCUGAGGCACCAGACCGUCCUACAAUCUCAACUGCCUCAGAAACAUCUGUGUAUGUGACAUGGAUCCCAAGAGCAAAUGGCGGCUCCCCUAUCACUUCCUUUAAGGUGGAGUACAAAUGCAUGGGAAAGAAUAGUGACUGGCUGGUGGCAGCAGACAACAUCUCUCCAUCAAAACUCUCUGUAGAAGUACGAAAUCUUGAGCCAGGUGCCACUUAUAAGUUCCGUGUGAUUGCCAUUAAUGCCUAUGGUGAAAGUCCAAGAAGUGCAGCCUCACGGCCAUACCAAGUAGCAGGAUUCAGCAACCGGUUUUCAACACGUCCAAUCGCAGGACCUCACAUUGCUUACACAGAGGCUAUCACUGACACACAGAUUAUGCUGAAGUGGACGUAUAUUCCAUCAAGUAACAACAACACCCCUAUACAAGGAUUUUAUAUCUACUAUCGACCAACAGACAGUGACAAUGACAGUGACUACAAACGAGAUGUAGUAGAAGGAAACAAGCAAUGGCAUCUUAUCAAUCAUCUGCAGCAUGAGACCUCGUAUGAUAUCAAGAUGCAAUGCUUUAAUGAAGGUGGUGAAAGUGAAUUUAGCAAUGUGAUGAUCUGUGAGACUAAAGCACGAAGACCUCCUGGAUCACCUGUGGUAAUGGGGGAUGACUUGAGUACACAGCCAAAUCUUGCUGACCACUCAGGGAGUGGACAUGGAACAUCUUCCUCAAGCACACGGAGCAGCGACAUGUUGUAUUUGAUUGUGGGCUCGGUGCUAGGAAUCAUGGUUCUCAUCGUUAUCGUCUUCAUUGCUAUGUGCCUUUGGAAAAAUCGCCAACAAACAACACUACAGAAGUAUGAUCCUCCUAACUACCUUUAUCAGGGCCAGGAAGUAAAUGGACAGCUGAUGGAGUACACUACUCUGCCAGGCACCAGCCGGAUCAAUGGAAGCAUCCAUGGCAGUUUCAUUAGCAAUGGGAGCCUGAGCAAUGGUUGCCCACACUUGCACCACAAGGUUUCAAAUGGAAUGAAUGGACUGAUGAAUGGAGGGACAGCGCUCUACCCAGCCAGCCGUACAAACACACUGCCAAGUACCCACAUGGACUACGACCAAGCUCACUGUAUUAUGAAUAAGAGCUUGGACAGCACAUCUGGAAACUCCUGUCUGCCGCAACAUUUCUGCUUGGGAGAGACCUUGUUGAAACAAGAUGACCACCUUGUGCCUUAUUGUUAUACUCACUGUUGUCAUGGUGGUGGUGGGAUAUACAAUGCACUUCCUCAGACGGAGCCAUCAGAAUGCAUCAACUGUCGCAACUGUAAGAAUAACAAUAGAUGUUUCACUAAAACAAAUGGCACUUUCCCCAGCAACAAUUUGCCCAUGUUGCAGCUAACUCCAACCUGUCAUGAAGACAGCAUGGAGAUGGUGCCUUUAAAUCACGUAAUUGCUCCAUUAUGCCCUGGAACCGUUGUUACUGAAAACAAUAGUGAGGCAGAGUAUGAUAGUACAAAAGAAAAUGCUGAACAGUCCCCUUGCCAAGAUUCUUGCUGCAAUGAGAACCAAGACUCUGUAUUUGCGGACAAUAUAGAAGGCAACAAAUAUCCUGACUUGGAGAAUGAGAAAAUGAGCUGUGAUCCUCUUCCUUCUAACUCUACUCCAAUGGACAAUGUCAAUGCAACAGCCUGGAGUACAAGAAGACUUGCUGAAGACAACAUUUGCGAGGACCCAACAGAAGGAGAACUAAAGAAAACUUAGGGAGCCUUUCCCCGUUUGCUUGAAGCCUAUUACUGCAUCGAAGUCACUGAAAGGACCAAGGAGGGAUCAGAAAAUAACACUAUUUAUUUCUCUUUGUAGUAGUAAAAUAUUACUCCCUAUGAAUGUAUUUGAUUUAAAGAUGUCUUCACCUUUUUUAAUUAUUUAUGCUAUCAGAGGAGAAAUUCCUUUUUUGCAGAAUGUGGAGUUUUAGCCUUGUUUUGUAUAAAGUUUUGUAAUAAUAUAAAGAAAGAGGAAGCUAUAGAAUUGUUAAUUAAAAUUGCAUCAUACCUAUCUGGUGGAUUGAAAAGCACUUGGAAGGUGGACAUUUUGAGAUUCAAUGCCCAGAUUGAGACACAAGAGCUGAUCCCUGAAAGGACCCGUAGGACGGGUAAUGCAAAUUGAGGGUUUUGUGGUUACAGGAACCUAUGUGUAUUACAUAGAGACAAUAGUUGCUGAUUUGUAGGUAACAGGACUGGUAAAAGACCGUACCCAUGAUUAUUAGACUGACUCCAUUUACAUGGACCAACUUGAUCAACAUCAAGUUGAAAGCAUCCUAUCUCCUUCUGUUUGCAUUGCAAUCAUAAACCUGCCAAUAUAUAAUGUAUUAAUUUUUUAAAAAGUGAACCUUGGAUGAGGCAUGGCCUCACUACACAUCAGAAGCCAACAAGUCCAGGUCAUGCUGCACAUGGUGUUCCCAUCAAUAGCCAAAGAAACAUGGCUAAAUAAAUGACUGUCUCCAGUCUUUCACUGCUCAGCUUUGUGCUGAAUAUUUAAAGUUUGCUUUUUAAUGACACUACUCAGUUCCAUGUAUAGUAAAGCAUUAAAAGUCCAUGUAAGUGGAGUUGUGAUUGCUUAUAGAGCUUCACCAGUCUUUACUCAUAAAACCAAGAUGUGCAGCAAGUCCAACUACACCUACUAACUGUCAACUGCAAUUAUGGUAAUACUUUGUUUAACAAGGAGUAUGACAAUUUUAAAUAUUUAGCUGUAUAAUUAAUGCACUUUUUGGAUGCAUUUGCCCAGCUGUUACAUAAUUGACCUAGUUUUUAAGGGGAAAUGAAGUUUCAUUGACAAUGUUUGAAUUUGGUUGACGUUGCAGCUUUGUGUAUUACGGAUCCAGUAUGAUGGUGUGCUGUUUCAUGAUCUUUCAUUAUUGUGCAUUGUAUUUUAGUGUGUAGAUUGUCUGCAGGUACUCGUCGUCGUGGCUAAUUGUAGCAGCUUUAAAUCUAGGUGUAUCUGGCUAAGGAAGGACCAAGGGCUUCCAGAAUGUGCACUUUCCCAAUUCACUUAUAAAUGUAUUAAUAUUUGGUGAAUUAAGAUGGAAAGAAGCAAGAGCCCCCAGUUCUGACACAUUUACCUCAGUAUAGCCAUUCAACAUCUGAGUUAAUUUGUCGUUUUCAUUGGGUCCAAAUGAGCAAGAUUACUCUUUCCCCUGUUGGUUGUGCUUUUUCUCUUUAACAUGUUUAAUAUGCAAGGCCUGUAUAUUCAUAGUUUUUUUUUCAAUGGAUGCCUUCCUUGUACUCCAAUUCCCAAUUUCCUGACCACUGAUCUACUAAUCAGUCCCUCUCAUCAGUUUCUGUUUCUCUGAAACAAAUGGCCUUUUUAUUUGGAGAUGGUUAAUCAUACUAAAAAAUAAAUACUCCAGUUCUGUCAAACCUGCUAGCAGUUCACUAUAAUGUAUUGGCUAUUGAAACUAUUUCUUCCUUUUUCUAUGGGAUUGAUCUUUGCUCUAGGCUUGAGAAGAUCUCCCAGCAACUGGUCAGGAGCCAGAUCAGAAUAAAACCGAAAUAACCCAAUGGCUCUAUCAGAAUAAUAUCUUGGAUGAGAUUCUUGGGGACAUGAACAAAUUCCCCUUUAGGAUAAAAUGUACUUAUUAAGGUGAUUCUUUCCAAAACAUUGCCCGUUGAAGGAAUUUGCACUUGUAAACCACUUCCACCACAGUAAAGAACGGAAGUAACAUAGACCAUCCUUCAUAAUAAAUCAAAGCAAUGAUAUAAGCAAAUAUUUAGUAUUUUAUCAAUCAUGUGAUUUUAGAAAAGUGUAGGUUAUCGUUUUUGUUUAUCUUAUGAAACACCUGACGUUGGGAAGGGCUUUUAAAUCCCCAUUCAUUCCACAGCUAUGAAAACCUAGGUCCGACAUUUAUUAUAACAUUUUCAUCUGUAAAAAUAAACAUGAGGGUUAAUAGAUUUGUGUCAUAUUCCUCUCUAUCAUAAGCAGAUUAGCAACUUUCAAGACUCAUUCAAAGCAUGUUGUUAAAUUAUUGAUUCCAAUAACGUACUGCUGAGAAAAUAUCAAACAUCCUAUAAUAUUCUGUUGAGUGUAGUAAAAUAAAAAGAUGCAAUUAGCCUCUGGGCAUUGUGAGGGUGUUUAGGAGAUUGGAUUAGGUACACCUGAUGCAGUUUGUAACCCCUUAGUUAGUCUGGUACUCGGUCUGAGUCUGGCUGCAAUAAAUUCUGGACUUGGUUCAUGUUUUUUGUGUCAACAGGACAGACUUACCUGGAGCUCUGCAGUUGUAAAUAUUAACCUCAAAAGCAAACAAGGCUUUCACAGAUUAUCCCCAAAUUCCAUUGUGAUGAAUCAUAAGACAAACUGCCUAAGUAUCUUUCACCCUCUUAUCAGAAACAAAUAGUGCUGACUUUUUAAAUGCAUGUUUUUGUAUUAUAUAGAAAAUAUGCUAUAUUUUCAUAAAUGGUUGUAAUAUUCUUGUUGAAAUUGUACAUAUUUUUCUAAAUAUGAUAGCUCAUUGAAAUCUGUAAGAUACUGUUAAUAUUAAAGAUGAUGCUGUUGCCUCCAUUUGCUAAGUGUCUUGAUAGUGCAGCAGCAACACAGUGUAAUACCCCAAACUUUGAUUCUGCCAUGAUUUACUUUUGUGUGUUUGGGUAGCAGUGUAUUGAUACAGUGAGUGAAAGGGUCAAUAUUGUAAAGAAAGGUGGGUGUCUUAAUCUGUAUAGUCCAUAAUUAUCAGAUACAUCUCCAGUUGUUGUUGGGAAAAAACAAAGUUUAGCCCAGUCGGUGUGGAUAUAUACAAUACAAACUUCUAAUGAUCAAUAUUUUGAGGUUCCUGCCAGAACAACAGAUCGGCAGUGAUUCAUUGUAACCUGUAAACUCAAGGUGACUUGGGAUGUUUUUAACUUGUAGGAAUCGUUAUAGCUAGAUUCUACUCUAUUGCUUAACCUUUUCAAUAGAUAGCAUUAAACUGCAGGAAUAUUAUGUUUUCCCUUUUGCCCAAUGUACCCCGAAAUUAACUGAUUUAGACAAGCUAGUAUCAAGUCUCGCUGGUUUACACCAUUCGAAGUUUCCCUUUGGGCUGAUUGUAUCUUUAAUAUUAAAAAAUGGAAGUAUUUAAUUUUAAUCCACAA